AUGCUGACGCCGGGCGGACGGGUGGACCACAACGGCCUGCGUCCCAUGGCUGCCCUGCUGUCGACCCAUUGCCGUGUCAUCAUCCACGACCGCCGCAACUGCGGCAAGUCCGACGUGGUGAUCGGUGGUGAGCUUUCCGAGCAGCACCUUUGGGCUGAGGAAAUGGCGGCUCUGCUGAAAUACCUGGGCGCUGCCCCGGCUUACCUGGCCGGAGGGUCCGCCGGUUCGCGCACUUCCCUGACGGUGGCGGUUCGGCACCCGGAGGUGGUCAAGGGCGUAUUUGUUUGGGAAGUCUCCGGCGGGCCGAGGAGCGCUGAACUGAUGUCCCCCGGCUACUACGGACAGUACAUCGAGGCCGCCGAGCGGGGCGGGAUGCCCGCCGUAGCCGCUACCGAGUUUUUCGAGCAGCGCAUCCGGGACAACGCUGACAACAGGGAACGGAUCCUUUCCAUGGAUCCCGAGGAGUUCUGUUCGGUGAUGCGCUGCUGGCGGGACCAGUUCUCCCAAUCCAACCCGGUGGGAGACCUAACUGAGGAGCAACUGGAGUCCAUCACGUGCCCUGUGCUGGCCUUCGAGGGCAACACGCCGGACGACGUUCACCACAAGUCUGCCGCAGAGAACGUGAAGCGACUGGUACCCCACGCCGAGCUGCGCCCAUCGGCGUGGACCCACGAGGAAUGGGCGGUCAUCGGGCAACACGACAACACCUUCCCAGGCAUCGCCGCCACCAACCGCUACCACAUGAAGUCCACUCUCUACGCCGCACAACUGCUGGAGUUCAUCACCAGGGUCGAAUCUCAACAGUCUUCAGCCGCGGCCUGA